AUGAAGGGGGUUGGUUGGCUCCACACUAUUAUCCUCGCUAUCAAAGGAAAAGAGAAAGACGAUGAUUAUCGUUUGUUUCAAGCAUACGUUGGGCUUAAUAAGUGGAGUAUUUGCGACCAACCAAAUAUGCCCAGUGAGGAGCACUUGCGCCGACACAUAUGCAAUGUUUGGCGGUGCACGGUCACUGAUAACGCGAAUGGGUUCAAUCAGUGUACCAUAGAUGGGGAGGACCGCCACAAAACUAGGUUACUCUCCAGGGAUGUCCAGGUAUACGAACGCAUCGAUGCGGGGUAUGGCCUUGUUGUUGUCCCGGCCCAGUAUACUCAACGCAACGAAUAUAUUUUCUGGGACGUCGAGGGUUUCUUAUCGAAUGUGGACGGCGACGCUACGUGUACUUUCAAGAUGAUUGAUCAGGAGGAUGGUAGUGCAGCGACCAGCCGGUUACCUAAACGACAUCGUAGCGAUGAUUCCUUGCGGAUGGACCGUUCUGAGGAUAGGUUCCAACGUCGCCAGCCCAGGCAUGAGGAGUUGCAUGCAUACCCGGAUACUUCUGAUGUUGCCAUAGGUGGAGUGGUCUCCGGUAGAGUUUUUGCGUUUGGAGGAGAGGAUUGCUGGAUAGAAAGCUGA